UUUUUUUUUUUUCCUCAAGCACGACCAGAGUGAUGGCAGCGGUUCCCAUGCCUAGCACGAUCUCGGCCACUGCGGCACUCAUUGACGAGCUUGACAAAAAACUUAUUUGCGUGCUCCGGGAUGGUCGCAAACUGAUUGGAUAUCUGCGCAGCGUCGAUCAGUUUGCCAACCUGGUGCUUCAAGAUACCGUCGAGCGGUACUACGUGGGCAACGAAUAUGGUGACGUGCCAGUCGGCAUCUACAUUAUUCGCGGCGAGAACGUGGCGCUGCUUGGCGAGAUGGAUGCAUCAGCUGACCAGAGCCGGUUCUUGAAGCAAGUGGAUGCUGAAACGAUUUUGCGUAAGCACGCUGAGCUGCCAGAUGCCGACAAGCGCCGUACGCAGGGAGGCGACGAGUACGCCGAUAUGAGCUGAUUGGGUGACACUCAAGCCCAAGCAAACGGUUUGAACCUGAUGGCAGCCCCCUUUGGGUUUGCUCUUGGUCUCAGUCUUGCCCUCUGCUUUUGACUCUUCCCCCCUCCCUCCCCCUCCUGUUUAUUCGCUAUGGAAGAGGAGCAAGCAAAAGUCGUGUUUACAAUUUGAGUGCCGGCUUGUGCAGGCCUUGAGGACGGAGCGUCUGAGCUCUUGUGUGCGCGUGGACUUGUCUGCUUUUGGUUCUUCGCAAAUACAUCGUUUCAAUGUUGAACAACUUGGAAUGAGUUGUUGACAGAUUUGCCAUGGUUUUUUUUUUCUCUCCUCAUUCUUCGAGCUGCAACACCAAGCGCGCGCUGCAGCUGCUUGUUACCGCGGGUGUUGGUGGUUCGUGGCGGGCUGUGCCCAUCCAUGCCCCCUGCACGCCUCAAACAAUUCCAUGAGAGUUCAACAA